UUUUACUAUCAUUAGUAGUAUAUCCUUGCAAACGUACAUUCUCUAACUCAUAAGCCUACUUAACAUCAUCAUCAUGCAACUUUCCGUCGCCGUCGUCAUUGCUCUCGCUGCUCUUGCUGGUGCCCUUCCUUCUCCUAGCCCGGUGCCCUCUACUUAUGUUGGUAAAUCUACUCAACCUACAGGUCUGUUACCUACCUCCGGCCUCCUCGGUGGUUCCAAUCAUGGUACAGGUGUCAGCGUCAGCGCAGACGUUGUUGCCAAGGUCGCCGCAACUGUUGAAGCCGAUGUCACCGCUAAGAUCAACGCCAUUGUCAACGCCAACGUUGAUGCCAAAGUAGCAGCCGCGGUACGAGCUGAUAUCGAUGCUAAGAUCGCCGUUGCUGUGAAGGCCGCUGUUACCGCCAAGGUAGCUGCUACCGUUCACGCUGGUGUUGGUGACCUUGUCAAUGUCGAUGUCAAGGCCGACGUCGAUGCCAAGGUUAUCGCCAUUCUCACAGCCGAUGUUCACGCUAAGGUCCUCGCUGCCGUCAAAGCCGAUGUUGCUGCUCACGUCGGCGGUCACAUCACCGCCGCUGUUCAAGCUGCAGUUGAUGCUAAGGUCGCACUUGCUGUUAAAGCUUGUGUUGAUGCUAAAGUGGCUGCUGCCAUCAGAGCGCAUGUCAAUGCUCAGAUUGGUCUAGGAAACUUGAUUGGUGUCAGCGCAGAUGUCUCUGUCUCCGCCGACGUCAAUGUCAUCGCCUCCGUCUCCGCCUCCGUAACUGCUCAAAUCACUGCAGAAGUCGAUGCCAUCAUUAAAGCUCAAGUUGGAGUCAGCGCCCAGGUUGCUGCUGCUGUUAGAGCUGAUAUCGCUGCCAAGGUAGCUGUGGCCGUCCGUGCUACUGUUGAUGCCAAAGUGGCAGCCUUGGUAUCUGCCGGUGUCAACGCCGACAUUGACGACGACGUCAAAGCCAAGGUCAACGCCAAGGUCACUGCUCUCAUUGACGCCGAUGUUCAGGCCAAGAUCCUCGCUGCUGUCAAAGCCGAUGCCGCUGUCCAUGUCGGCGCCCACGUCAGCGCUGCUGUUCAAGCUGAUGUCGAUGCCAAGAUCGCAGUUGCUGUCGACGCCUGUGUCGAUGCCAAGGUUUGUGCCGCAGUGGAUGCCCACAUUGGUGCCAAGCUUGAUGCCAACGGUGGCACCCAUGCCUACCGUCGAUCGCUUUUGAGUUCAGGUGACCACAAGAAAUCUGACGGUCUCCUAGACCUUGAUAUACUCUCGCUCUAAGCUGGACACCUUUUCCGUUGUUUUCGCUCGAAUGUGCAGCUGUUUACAAUUUGUACAAUGAACUUGAUGACCCAUACUUAUGAUUACUUGUUUAAUUGAAAGCUAUUUGCCUUGAUGAAAUAACACGCUUAUUGGACAUUCUCUACUUCAUACAUCUGCCCUUCUCACUGCUCUAGCCCUCGCGCCCUUGAACUUUAUCUUUCCCAGAUCGCUUUUUGAUUUCUUCCAAGCUUGAAAUAUCCUAUCAGCCUAUCUGCACAUAGCGUUUCGAUU